AGUGAAACAGCUCGCGAGGAGGAGGACUCAGGUCACUUCAAAGUAAACCGUGAAACCCGAAAAAGUGUAUCUCUACCCCCCUAAACCGAAUCCAGACCAAUGAAGAACUGAAGAAUCGCCCAGACCAGAACUCAAAAUGGCUUUUGACGGACAUCAGACCUCAAAUCCACUCUUUCAAGCAAGUCAGCGGCAGACAGGUGUUAAUUCUGCCGGUCUAAAUAGUGGAAGCAUGUCACUGCCGUUCAUUUCACUGGCUUCAAAACCAGAAAAGGACAACACCUCCUACAUGACCUGGCCUCACAACUCUCAAGAAGAUCCCUACACGUUUGGUUUCACCCAGACGAGCAUUAAAAACAGAAAACCAACCGAUAAAGCUGAUGGUGACACUGAGGCAGACCUGCAAGGUCUAGUUUCGAACAUUUUGGAUGAAGCAGAUUCGAGGGACAGCUUCUUCAGUGAGGGCCUACCUACAUGCAGUCCUUUCUGGUCUCCAAAGACGCUGAGAGAAGAACUGCUGCAGUAUUUUAAGACCGAGGCAAAAACACUCAGUAAUCCUUCAUUACCUUCGAGCCAUCUAUCCCACGAGACUUUGAGCAAAUCACAACAACAAGCAAUUGACAAAAUGGGUGAAAAUUUGAGUCGACAGUCCAGUGGCAUUGCUGGCAGUCAACCAUGGGUUUUUAAUCCGUCCAAUGGAGACAGUCAUUCUUUGCGUCCUCAGAAGCUGCCACCAGGUCUACCUGUAGUCAAGAUGAUGAACACUAACCAGGUGCAACAAAGUAAAUACAUCAGCAUGUCACCUUAUAUUGACAGAGGGAAUGAUCAGCCUUUGAAUAGUUUCUCUGAGCUCAGUGAAAUCUUCAGACCACAAAAUGAAACGAACGGCUCCUCCUCCGAUGCUUUUCACGAAGACCAGUACACCCCAAGCAGUGUAAAUCCAUUUUGUAAUGAGAAUUAUGUWCAAGAAGACGUGAACCAGCUGGUCAGCAGCUUUCAGUCAUUCAUGCCUUGUGAGCAUGACAGCGUUUGUCAUGAAGAGUUUCCAAACAUGCACAAGCAGACGCUGGGCUUGCAUAAAGAACAAGGAUUGCCGGAACAGUGGAACGUCACCAGUCCUGCAGUGUCAACACAAUGUUCUCCUGCAAUGCAGAUCCAAAGACAGCUGCUGGGAGACUUGGAAUCGGUGCAGAGGGGAAGAAUUGGAGAAGUGAGGACAAAACAUUUGAAACUCGAUGCCUUUCAGGAUUUUCCUGAUUUCAGCUCUCAACACACAGAGUACAUUCAGAAACCGAGGGCCCUUUCUUCACAUUCAAACCUCACGAACCAUCACCAAAACAAGAUGGCAGUGCCAAAAGAGAACUUUAAUUUAAGCAUGAACCAGUACACAAAACAUCAGAUCCAGCAGAGCCAGAUGCAGGCGAAAAUCAAGUCCCAACUGGAGAGAGAAAAAAGGAAGAUGCAAAUGCCUGGAUUUCUUGGAGAAGGCUUCUGUAGGAGGCAACACAGCAACGCUCACAUGACAGAGGGAGAUAAGCAGGCCUUUGAACAAAACCCAUACUUGGAUUUCCAGGGGAACAUGCAGUAUCAGAGACUGGAUGGAGAAAACACUGUGGUCUAUGCAGGGAAUCYACAGCAGUUCACACCUCGUAGGUAUCCUGUAAAUGACCUUAGGAGGUACCCCAGUACUCCCAGAAACUCAGACUUCAGSUCUAGAUCUUCACGACUCUUCAGAAACGGUGUUCCUUGUAUCGAUAGGAAUGGUAUAUCAGCUAACGAGGCCGCUGCUUUCAACUCCGUCGUCAGUGACAUGACGUACAGAGGAGAGAACACAUAUCAUGGUAUGGUCUCAGCYAUGACCGCUUCACAUAUGAUCAAUCAAGGAGGACCAGGGAUGCAGCUCUACUUCAGCCUGGAUGAAUGUUAUGAACAGUGGAAAUCUUUGGAGAAGGAAAGAAAGAGGACWGAGAUCGUUCUUAAGAAGACGUUUCCUGGGAAAAGAACCUCAGUGACGACCGACACUAAUCUACCCAGAAUACCACCAAACCCUACAAGAGUGGAGCAGCUCCUUGUUAACCAGAUGAGAGAACAAGCAAAGGUUGCAAGCCUUCUCGAUACAAUGGAGCAUUGCGGCAUCUCCCUACAUGUGAACAUCCACGCAGCACUGAAAAAUCACCACUUGGCUGUUUGCAUCACCCAAGUAAGAUGCAAAGAGGGCGGUGCAAACGUGACCAAAACUCAGCAGCAGGGACUUUAUUUCACUGAAGACAGAGAUAACCUGUUGAUGGCCGUGGCGCUGAAAGACAUGUCUGCUGCCACCAAAAGGCUUCGCACGGCCCUGUGGUGUGCCCUACAGAUGACCCUGCUGAAGCCUGUGAUGAUGCAGGACCACCACGCAUACGAGGAGUCGACAUGCACUGAGAGGUGCUCCUUUCUGUUUCAGGGCUACUCUUUUGUGAUAUAAAUCACUUUGCUUACAAGCAUGGCUUAAAGAAGUUGAUAAGGAGGAAGAGAAAAUGUUCAAAAGAUAUUAUUUACCUUCAGGUUAAUGUAACAUUUUAUCAGCCAAAGAGUGAUCAAUACAAAAAUGAGAUGAGCAUUUUGAAGCUUAAGAAUGACUGAAUGUUUUGACCCCAAAGAGCUUCUUUUUUGUGUAGGAGUUACAUGAAAUUUAGUUUACUCUGCCAUAUCUUAACUUAAUUUCAAUUAAUUAGGACCAACUCCAAAUCACCACCAAUCUUGUGUACCAUCACCACAGUAUUUAAGGACACUAUUUAUGUGGAAGAUUUCAGUGAAUUCUUCGUUUUACUUAUUUAUUGGAAUACAACAGAACUUGUGUUCUAUGUAUUCCCCCCACUAAUAAUUGAAUCACAAGGGCAAUAGUUUGAACUUAACAUGCUAAAUUCUGUAACGUUCCAAUCAAUUCUACUCAACUUUUCUUUGUAACCUUAAGAUUCUUAAAUCAGUUUUUUUAAGUCAGUUGUUCAGUUUAAAAUGUCCUAACAAUACUCAAACUUCUAAAAAAAAAGUUCACUAUAUUUAAAUGUAUUUAUCAAACUCUUAAAAGACACAGUGUUACAAUCAUUUAUCAGGGACAUACAGUUAAGUUUUUUUAAACAGUUUAUUAUUUUAAAGCUUAAUUUAAAUUUAACUUGUAAAAUGUAACCUUUUAAAACU